GAGGAUUUCUCUUUGUUCCUUCAAUCGCGGUCUAAAGAGCUAAUUAGUGGAGGACGGAUGGUCCUGAUCUUGUUGGGAAGAGAGGUCCGAAUCAUGUUGACAAAGGGAGAAAUUGAGAGGGAAAAGCUUGAUUCUUAUGAAGUUCAUAUCUAUGCACCAUCCAAAGAUGAAUUACAAGACGAAGUGAGAAGACAGGGUUCUUUUGAAAUGAACAGGCUCGAAUUGUUUGAAAUAGAAAGUGAUUCUGAGCAUGGUUCGACCUAUGGAAUGACUGUUGCAAUGACA